AAAAGGGUAUCAAAUGGUAUCUGCCAACCAAUCACGACAGGUUUGGCUGAUCUUCCAGGAUGUGAGUGCUAGACUGAUAAUUUCACUGGCAAGCAUUUAGCUACUCCUAUUUAAACUCGUAUCACGGAUGACGGGCGAAUAACGGAUCGCUGCUGCCUUCGGAAAAUCUCGGCAUCUCCAUCACCAUCACUAUCAGCAUCAUCACCGACAGCGACGAACAUUACACGAGAACAGCUCCGGCGCGAUUAGAACGUUCGGGCGUUUGUUUACAUUCAGCCUUCGGAGAAUCCGUUUACAUUGCUCUCUCUCGGAAUGCCUUUGUGACGUCAUGGAGGUAGACGUUCUGUUUGGAGUUUUAAAAUGACCACCUGUUAUGUUUCAAAUGGCAUUGCACGUUGUGCAAAAAGAAGAAGAGAGGCGACGUUUUAAAUUCAUGCGGACAUAGCCUGCUGAAGCCUUCUAAUCUCCGGCAGCGCAACUAAAGCCGUUUAGGGAUCCAUUUAGUGAUAAGCCCGACUGCUGCUGUCUGUCUGCAUCAACAGGGAACAUGGAUGGUGAGGAAUUUGCAAUGACGAGAGCGAUGAUGAUGAUGAUGAGUGCACUUGUAUGACUGCUCUGCUCCCGUGGAAACUAAAAGACACUAUCAUCCAGCGCGUUUUUCACUAGUUUUGUGGAUUUUCGGUGAAAAACCUAUCCGUAGCACCGCGCAAACAUGGGCAAGGACGAAUGCAAGACCAUGUUGGACGCGCUCAACAAAGUCACAGCUUGCUACAGGCAUCUGGUCAUCGCUUUGGGGAGCACAUCUGAUUCCCAAAACCUCAGAGAGGAACUCAAAAAGACCCGAAACAAAGCCCAGGAGCUGGCCGUGGCCAACAGGACUAAACUCACGGCUCUUCUGAAAGAUAAAAACAUCAGCAAAGAUGAUCGAGCUGAAUACGAACGCCUCUGGGUGCUCUUCACCAGCAGCGUGGAGCUCCUGGAGGUGGACAUGAAACGGUCCUUGGAGAUCGGACAGGAUUUUCCUCUUAAAGUGCCAACGAGACACCUCAUCCAGACGGGAAUGACGGGCAGCACCACCACCGUGGCGGCUCGAGCCAUGAGCGUCCAAAACAUGAAGUACGAAGCAGACGCGAACAUCGACACCGUGGACCUCAAAGAGCUGGAGACCGAGAUCGCUCAGGUGGACCAGAUGAUGGAGGAGAUGGAGAUGAAGGUCCAGGUGGCCCCGUGGGCAGUCGAGGCAAAGCAAGAGGCAGGAGCCGAGUUGAAAUCCACCGUCAGCGUUGGGAAUUCAUCGGUUGGUGUCAUCUCCAUCUGUGAGGAGGAACCCAAAGAAACGGUGGAAGGAGAAACUGGGCUGAUGAAAGUAUUUGCAGUGAUCAUUUUCACCGCGGUUUUGCUCAUAGCUGGAAUUCUGGGGUAUCUGGUGAUUAAUCUAUAAUGGAUGAAAAAGAUCUAUCUGGAUGACAGUGGCUCAGGGCUUUAGAUUUUCUUAUGGAGGAAGCAACACGUUGCUACGGUUGGUCUGUGAAAUUGUGGGGUUGAUUUAUGAUGCUCUUGGUGUGGAGAUAAGCAGAUCACCUCAAUGGGUAUUAGUAAAAUGCAUCAGUGUUUACUUUAAAGGGAAUACCCAAAAGGAAAAAAAACUCUAGUGGUGGUCUAUCAUGAACGGUUCCUCAACUCAUGAAUGUAAAAACUGGACAGAUCACAACCAGAAGUUCACCACUCGGUAAAUGAAUACUACAGCUUUUGUGACCCUCUGUUAGAGCAUCGGAGGGCUGUGCACAUUACACAGGUAUUUCUUUCACAGUUUAUAUAGGAAGGUGACAUAUAUUUAAGGUUGCUCAUCAUGUUUCUGCAGACCUCCUGAGGAUUCACGCCAAGAUAUUCUUGUUAGUCCUUCUGCAAGCUGUCGGUUUAUGUUUCUGAAGAUAGCCCAUCUUUGACUGCUUGUGCUCUUAGGUGUGUUCUGAAAAACGGUCUAUUAUAGUUUAUUUGUAUAUAUGAAUUGUACUUAUGUUAAAUGAGUGUAUAUACAAUAUAUUUAUUAUAAUAAAUGAAGUAAAUG